AUGACCAAGGACGACAUUUCGUCGGCAGGGAAUGCCUUCGGAGAUGUCGAACGCCAGGAUUCCGUGCCUACGGCCAAAGCAACCAACAAUGCGAAAGCGGCUACCGAAGCGGAGCAUAAGAUGACCCUGUUACAAGGUAUCAGAACUUAUCCGAAGGCGAUCGGGUGGAGUGUUCUUAUUUCCACGUGUAUCGCGAUGGAAGGCUACGAUAUCAGUCUGGUCAAUAAUUUCUAUGCAUUUCCCCAAUUUACACGCAAGUACGGCGAAAUGAUGGCAGAUGGUUCCUAUCAAGUCCCAGCUGCAUGGCAAGCUGGUCUCAGCAAUGGCGCGGCUUGUGGAGAAAUCAUUGGCCUCUUGAUCAACGGAUGGGCUUCGGAGAGAUUCGGAUAUCGCUAUACAAUUAUGACUUCCUUAGCCCUGAUCACUAUAUUCACGGCGAUCUUUUUCACGGCGCCAAACAUUCAAACCCUGCUUGCAGCGGAAAUCCUCGCCGGAGUUCCAUGGGGCAUUUUCCAGACACUGACAGUUACCUAUGCAUCUGAAGUCUGCCCUGUCGUUCUAAGAGGAUAUCUCACGUCAUACGUCAAUUUCUGCUGGGGACUAGGACAAUUGAUAGGCAUUGGGGUCAUCAAAUCGAUGCUGAAUCGGGAUGACGAAUGGUCAUACCGGAUUCCAUAUGGAUUGCAAUGGAUGUGGCCAGUUCCUCUCUUUGUUGCGAUUUUCCUUGCCCCGGAAUCACCUUGGUGGUUGGUCAGAAAGAAUAGGGAUGAAGACGCGAAGAAGGCACUCAUACGCCUCACAAAUGCUGACCGAAACUUGGAUUUCAAUGCGGAUGAAACAAUUGCUAUGAUACGCCACACUACCGAUCUCGAAUCGAAACUUUCAGAUGGAGCCUCAUACUUUGACUGUUUCAAAGGGACCAAUUUACGGCGAACAGAGGUUGUUUGUCUUGUGUGGGCAAUUCAAAACCUCAGCGGCAAUUCCUUUUCCAAUUACUCUACAUACUUCCUAGAACAGGCAGGAUUAUCAGCAUCCAAUUCAUAUUCAUUCGCGAUGGGACAAUAUGGGAUCAACAUGAUUGGUGUCUUUGGAGCAUGGUUCCUCAUGUCUUUUGGAAUUGGCCGAAGAACGCUAUAUCUCUAUGGUCUCUGCGGACUAUGCACUAUCCUAUUUUUGCUUGGUUUCCUUGGCCUAGUUCCUAGUGCCCAUAGGGAUCAAGCAUCACUCGCAACAGGCUCACUGAUGCUCUGCUGGGCAUUAUUCUACCAGCUUUCCGUCGGAACUGUGGCCUAUUCACUCGUGGCAGAAAUCUCCACUCGUCGACUGCAAAUCAAGACCGUGGUUCUCGGUCGCGUCCUGUACAAUAUUAUCGGUAUCAUCUGUGGUGUGUUAACUCCCUAUAUGUUGAACCCUGCCGCCUGGAAUUGGAGUAAUUUUGCAGGGUUUUUCUGGGGAGGAGUUUGCUUUUGCUGUGUUGUAUACACGUUUUUCCGAGUUCCAGAAACAGCCGGUCGCACUUUUGCUGAACUUGAUAUGUUGUUUGAAGAAAACGUGUCGGCCAGAAAGUUUUCCAGCACCCAAGUUGAGGUAUUUGGAGAUCGGGAGGAAGUGGAAGUGGUCGAGCACAAUGCCAAAUAA